CGCAAAGCGCUUAUUGCCGCGUAACAGGGUGCAGCUGUUUUGGUAACUAUAUCAAUGCGAAAUUUCCAAGGAGGUCAAUCAUAACCAUCGACGACAUGAUCGACCUCUUGAUCACCUUUUGUCCCCCAAAAAUUGAUGCGGGCUUGAUUCUGUGUUUAACUUUAUCUCCAGUCAUCCAGGAUGAUGAAUAAUGCUCAGUAACCUCCCCAGUGAUACCCCAGUGAUGAGUCAGCCGCGUUUCAAUUUCGAUCAUUGAAACGCGGGGACGAUUCUUAUAAAAUCGCCUACAGUCUCUUCCAGAGCCACUUCGCCUUCGAGAAGCAGAGACAUGACUGACUUCGUCACAGCCAACGUAGACCACUUCAACAAGGCGUCUAAUACCUAUGACACAUUUCCUCUGCUACAAGAGUUGACGAAAAAGCAAGCCGCAUUCAUUCUCUCAGAUGGAUGGUCUUUCAAUGCGGACUCUACGACCGUAUUGAAUUUCGCGUGUGGCACGGGUCAAAUUGAAGGGGAACUAGUUGCCCACUGCAAAUAUAUUCAAGGCGUUGACAUUAGCCCAGGCAUGGUCGACAAAUACAACAAGACGGCCGAAGCUCUUGGGGUGUCUUCAAAGAUGAGCGCAAUUGCCUGCGAGCUCAAGGGUGUACCUGAGGAGCUGGAGGGGCGCAAAUUUGAUGUCGCCCUAUGCACUAUGUCGUAUCACCACUUUGAAUCCACCGAAGAGAUCACCCGCAUCCUCACCUAUUUCCUCAAACCCGGAGGGGCACUCUUAGUCACUGGCCGAUUGAUCCCAGACGCUGUAUCGCAAGUUGAACUUAUUCCAGAACAAUACAAAGCCAUCGUUCCGCAAAAGGCGGGCUUCUCAGAGGAUGAUAUGAGAAAGCUGUUUGAAGGUGCCGGGCUUGGAUCGUUCUCAUUCAAUGCCAUUCCUGGUGCCACCAUGGACGGCUUCUUCCCGGGAACGCCCCACCCGAAGUUGUUCUUGGCUAAAGGCGUCAAGUCACUUUGAGUUGAGUAUUACGUAGCUCGAGGUCUCAUGUUUGGUGCGUCAUGAGAAGAGUACUGAAUGAUGUAUUUUCAACUCAACAGCAAUCGGUUAUGCAGAAG